AUGGAAGAUAAGGAGUUGGAUCCAUUAAAUCCUUUAAUGGUAGAAUUUUACGAACUUUGUGAAAAAAGUGAUAUCAAAGAAAAACAGAUAACAUAUUGGAGAGCAGCACACUGGUUGAAGAAUGACUUAGCGGACAUAAGAAAAAUUACUGAUGCAAGUAUUGGUAAAAUUGCGAAAAACUGUUGUGUGACAAGGAAUUUCGCAAUUAAAGCUCACUCUCUUUACCUAAAUGCCUUAGAUAACAUCGGAGAGAAAUCUGCAUCCAAGAAGUCAAGCGAAGAGCCAGAAGCUGGUAAAAAAGAAACGCCAGACAACUCUGAAGAGAGCGUCAUGAAUGACUCUACCAAUACUACCAAAAAUGAAAGGAGUAGCAGACGAAAAAGAUCUGUAGUGAAACGUUUCGACGACGAAUGCUUUGACGAAACUUCCGCGAGAAAAGCUAAAUACCCAAAAGUGAGUCCUUCCAAUGACGCUGUUUCUGAAACAGCUAGUAGUGCCGACGAAACGGAAUCAGUUCCUGAGGAUUCUAUAUCGACGACUGAAAAAGAGGCUCCUCCUGUAAAAGCGGAAAAUGCUGAAGAUGAAGCAGAAGCUGAGGGGGAAUGUAUUGUGGACGGAAAGAAUGUUUGGCCCAUCAUUGUUGAUCUUACAAAGAAUUCCAAAGCUUAUACUGGUGAUCGGUUAGCAGAACUACGGGAAUGUCUUGCCAUAGCUAUUCAGAAAAGCCCGGUAGACAUCAAUAUAAGCAGUUUCCUUAAGUCACAUACUAAUCUUCCUCCUGCGACUUUUAAAAAGUUUUUGAGAACUUUGCGUACGAUGGUUAAAAAGUCUGAGACUCCGCCAUUAAAUACAGAUGAUGUAGAUGUUUCUGUAAAUGAACCAAAAGAAACCGAAGUAAAAGCUCCUCCAGUAGCUGAAAAAAGUAUCUCUCGUAGAGAAUCAGGUACCCCGGCUUCAUCUCGUAAAGAUGAAACGGAAUCCAUUUCCUCUCGUAAAGAAGAAUCAUCUUCCUCAUCAAAAAAUACAUCCAAGUCAUCCAAAUCUCCGGCUAGUAGUAGACGUGGAUCAGAUCUCAAAGAGAUUUUUCUCGAAAUUACACCAACUAGGCCCUGUCCAUAUGUUGCUGCCAACACUACUUUACCGUCCUAUGUCUUAGACGAUUUGGAUAAAGGCCAAACUAACUUCUCGGUACCUCUGUACCCACGACCUGGAGGAAAAACUAGAAUGGAAGUGUCUAAACAUAUUGAUGCUUGUCUGAAAAUCUUGGAACGUUUUGACAGUCCUCUAGUAGAAGCGGGAAAAGAAGUUAUUCAAGAAGCUAUCGAUAUGGUAUUCAUGGAUAAACGAUCAGUAGAGUACACUGCUUGUUCUACAGGCCUUGAUGUUUUCCACCUAGCUGGACUGUGCACCAUGGUUAAUGCCAAGCUAACAAGUUCUCCAUUGGGCGAUGUUGAUGACACUGGGUUGGAGAGAAUAUUUUUCUUAAAUGGAGAGCUCGAGUUAUUCCGGCAAUCUUUAGUGCAGUCGUUGCUUGAGAAAUGUGCAGAGGAGGACCAGAAAGAUUCGAAUAUGAUUCUAGCUUGUGUAGAUGUUCUGAUUGACAAUAUGACUCCGACUAAGGCCAGUUACUCAAGACAACAUAAACUAGCGGAUAUUGAGAACGUCAUAAAGAAAAUUGGAAAGGCUUGGAAUCCCAAUAGUGUUAUCAAUAAUAAUUCUUUGACUGAAGAAAAUCAAAAAAUAGUUAAUCGUUGGCAAAGCCACUACCAGAAGAGAUAUAGAAAGUAA